UCCCGACGCCUAAAUAAAGCUUUCAGGGUAGCAUCUAGCCUUGUAGCUCUGAUGAAGAUAGGUAUGAUCUUUCGACCAAAAAUAUCCAGCUCAUCCAAAAUAAUAAAGUCACUCUUUCCACCUCAUCCCCUAUCCAUCCAUCUCUACACAACAACAUAUAUUCAUCAUGGGGAUUAUUUCCGGCGCCACAAUCAUUACCUCUCUCUCCCUCCUCCACAUCACUCUCGCAUUCUUUUUCAUUACCAAUCCGGUGACGAUUGCUGAGCAGUCACUGGUUUUCAUCCUGGGUGAAUCGAUGGGUUUGCCCUACGAACGCUCCUUCGACCGCCAAUCCGCACCAAUAUCCUUUCUCGGAAUCGUAUUCCUCUUCCUCGGUAUCACAGACUUAGUAGCUAUAUCCAUGCCCGAAGAAGUAUCGCAAUACCACUGGGGAACCCAAGCACCCAUCCGCUUUUCCUUCUCCGCAGCACUAGCACUCUAUUCCUGGCUUUUCUCGUCCGCAUCCCCUAUGUUCACAUCGCGCAACUCUUAUCAUGCUGGUGGUUGGGGUGAGGGUCUGAAGAAUCGUAUUGUCUUUACAUGGGGAUUUAUCGAAAUGAUGGCUUGGUUCUGGGUUUUUGUUACUUUGAGAGAGGAGAGACAGCAGCUUGCUCUCAAGCAAGCGCAAAAGAAGGCUGCGGAGGAAGAUAUGAUGUGAUAAAUUUGUUAUCUUUGUCUGGGGGUAAAAAAUUCUUAGGAUUAUAUUUAGGUGGGUUGAACAUAAUAACAAUGAUAUGAACAUAUAUUUGAGGGAAUAUUGGAAAGGUGC